AUGAAUAGGUUCGACUAUGCUGGACCUGGAAUAAGUAUACUGCAUAAACGCCUUAAGCUAGUUCGCAGAUACAUAUAUCUCCAGCGCAAGAACGGCUAUAAUAGGCUUGUUCGAUUGGACAACAAAAUACUCACGGUAAUGCAAGAUGCGGGAAAAAAUACAUUCUGUCACGAGUAUUAUUUUAUAUUCGAUAUUGUGUUUGGAAGCCUUUACAAUCGGCAACAUGGAAGAGAACGCUUCGUUCGCGAUACAAUAAUUGUUCCAUAUCCUACGAUCAAUAAGCCAAUGCCAUCAAUUACCAUGCAUUGA